GCCAUACAUGCAGUCCAUGUAAUCCAUUAUGCGUGGUCUGUCGGGUGCUUUCCUUAGCUUUUUUAAAACCUCUCGCGGAUGUCAUUGUCUACGUUCAUAUGGAGUACUCACCGGACAGCAGUACACAAGCUCAGAUUCAAAACAAUACGAUGGAAGGUUGUAUCCAAGCCAUAUCCCAACAAGUUCUGUCCAGAAGGCUGUUUUGGCUUUAGGCUCUGGAGUGGCUGCUCUGAAGAACCCCUACAGACAUGAUAUGGUUGCAGUGCUUGGGGAAACCACAGGGCAACAGGCCCUGAUCAAGUUAAGGGAUCGGAUGAGAAAUGACCCUGAAGGUUACACUAUUCUCAUAGAGCGUCCAAGGAUCCGUCUAUCUACAUUAGACCUCACUCGAAUGUCUGCUUUGCCAGAUGGGACUUUUGGAAGAGAGUAUCUCCGUUUCCUAAAAGAAAAUAAAGUCACCCCCGACACAAGAGCUGAUGUAAAGUUUGUGGAUGAUGAGGAGCUAGCGUAUGUCAUGCAACGAUAUCGUGAGGUCCAUGAUCUGUUGCAUACCUUGCUUAGUAUGCCCACCAAUAUGCUAGGUGAGGUUGUUGUGAAAUUGUUUGAAGCUGCACAGACUGGUCUGCCCAUGUGUGUUCUGGGAGCAAUGCUCGGACCCCUCCAUCUGUCUGUCAGUCGUCUACAGUUGCUGGUUCGGUCUCUGGGACCAUGGGCGCUGCGCAAUGGCAGUCGUGCCCGAUGUGUUCUGAGCAUCUUCUAUGAACGGCGCUGGGAGCAGAACCUUGAUGAACUGAGACAUGAGUUGAACAUUGAGCCACCACCUGUCGAUCUGAUCCCAUCCAGCAAGAAUUCAUUCUCAAACUCGUAGCACGCGCACCUGUCUAACUGAAAUUUGAACUUGUGGGAAAGCCCCACAAGGAACCUACAUACAUCCUAUUGGUAACAAAGAUCACCUUUUCCUUCUUCCUCCUAUGACGGGAAAUGAUGCUUAAAAACAAAUGUCAUGUAACAAUGUUAAAAAUACUAUGGCAUGUAUAGUGAAGUAAUUAGGUUGUUCAGGAAGAAGAUGAAGGAAGUUUAAUAUAAAACAUUUAGUAAACAUCUAUUCACUGUUGAUUUAUAGGAUUAUAGGAACACACUUGAUACUAGAAUGUUCAUUGUUCCUAAUACAUUGGAAUUAAACCAGUACAUGAACAAA